AAGAGUCACAUGGUGGCUUUUCCGCUUUCCCAUAACACUUCAGAGCAAAUAAUCGCUGAACGAGGCGUGCUAUGCCGCCUUGUUGUCAUUGGUCAUCUUCCUCUGGCCACAGCUAUCGGCACCGGGAACUACUCGGCGCCGAAGCAGCGGCGGCCAUCACCACCGAGUACUGUGGUCGUAAAAGAGGACAUAUUAAACACGACUACGGAGUUGAGCAGAAGCAGGAAGUGGGGUGCUAUAGACUUGGUCAACGAGCGCCAGUGGGCAAACUAAGGAAUCAGCAGCCAUGUCCAACGAACGCACGCCCCUCAUUACUUCAGGGAUGUGUGGUCUGACGGUGGCAGCAGCAACAUGCGGCGCCGUAGGGGACACGUCCCCCGACUCCAGCUCUGGCACACCCAGCAAAGAGCCUCGGAAGCUCAACACCUUUUUCGGGGUGAUGGUGCCGACCAUCCUCUCAAUGUUCAGUAUCGUACUGUUCCUGAGAACAGGGUUUGUUGUUGGCCACGCUGGUCUCCUGGAAGGUCUCCUGAUGGUGGUUGUAGCUUACACCAUCAUAACGCUCACCAUCUUGUCUAUCUGUGCCAUUUCAACCAACGGGGCCAUACAAGGCGGUGGUGCCUACUACAUGAUCAGUCGAUCCCUGGGACCUGAGUUUGGAGGUAGUAUUGGCUUGAUGUUCUUCUUGGCCAAAGUGUUUGCGUGUGGAGAAUAUGUUCUUGGUCUUGUGGAGGCUAUACUUGACGUCUUUGGCGUGGAUGCUGAAACAUCCGUGUCCGAGGGUGUGCGUGUGCUCCCACAAAGUUACUGGCACAUCGUGCUCUACUCUUCCGUGGUCCUCCUCCUGUGUCUUCUGGUGUGUCUGGUGGGCGCCCACAUCUACUCCCGCACCGCCUUCGCCAUCCUGCUGCUGGUCACCGUGUCGCUGUUGUCCGUCUUUGUCAGCUCUUUGGCCGUCAAACCUCUAGAUUUUGUCCUCACUCACUUGGGUCCUGGCAACCAGACCCAGCGUUAUAACGCCAGCUACACCGGCUUUAACCUAACAACACUGAAGAACAACCUGGGCCCUGGUUACUCGUUGGACUACAGCACCCACACUGUCAUGUCCUUUGCCACCGUGUUCGCCGUCAUGUUCACCAGCUGCACUGGAAUUAUGGCUGGAGCCAACAUGUCAGGAGACCUGGAAACUCCAAGCAUAUCCAUCCCCAAAGGUACCAUCGUGGCCGUCAUUUACACAUUCAUUGUCUACGUUCUCUUCUUCCUCCUGGUCAGCGCCACCUGUGACAGGACUCUGCUGAUUCAAGAUUAUGGCUUCCUCCAAAGAAUAAACAUUUGGCCGCCAUUUGUGACCAUAGGGAUAUACUGUGGCGCCCUCUUUGCCGCAAUGUGCUCCAUGAUCGGAGCAUCCCGUAUCCUGCACGCCCUUGCUGUGGAUAAACUCUUUGGUUUGCCAUUAGCCCCUGCCACCAUCACAACCAGCUCAGGGAACCCAUGGAUGGCUGUGCUUUACACGUGGGGGCUGGCACAGUGUGUGGUGUUUGCUGGUCAACUCAAUGCUGUUGCCAGCUUGGUGACUGUUUUCUACUUGCUUGCCUACGCCGCGCUUGACUUGGCUUGUUUGGCCCUUGAGUGGGCUUCAGCGCCAAAUUUCAGGCCGACCUUUCGGUUCUUCUCUUGGCACACGUGUCUGCUGGGCAUCCUGAGUUGUUUAGUCAUGAUGUUCGUCAUAAACCCCGUGUACUCAUCGGGUAGCAUCGUGCUCUUGUUGUUGCUGCUGCUCUUCCUCCACUUCCGAUCUCCCACCAGCAGCUGGGGCUACAUCAGCCAGGCUCUCAUCUUCCAUCAGGUGCGCAAGUAUCUGCUGAUGCUGGAUGUGAGGAAGGACCAUGUGAAGUUCUGGAGGCCACAGGUGCUGUUAAUGGUCGCCAAUCCGCGGUCUUCCUGCCAGCUUAUCCUCUUUGUCAACCAGCUGAAAAAGGGAGGACUAUAUGUGUUGGGCCACGUGCAGCUCGGGGAUCUAGAUUCUUUUCCGUCAGACCCUGUGCAGCAACAGUACAGCUUUUGGUUGAGUUUAGUCGACAAGCUUGGGGUGAAGGCCUUCGUAGACCUGACGCUCUCUCCGUCUGUCAGACAGGGAACGCAACAUCUUCUGCGCAUCACAGGCCUCGGUGGCAUGAAGCCCAACACCCUGAUUUUGGGUUUCUAUGACAACUGCACGCCCGAGGACUUCUUCCUUCAAGAUACAGCCUUUUGUGGCACGUCGCUGGGACAAGGCACAGUGGGCGAAUAUAAUUUUGGGGUUGACCUGCCUUCAUUACAAGCUCAUUUCCCUCCGGUCCGACAUGUUGAGAGCCCACGCUGGCUCUCGCCCGAAGAGUAUGUCGGGAUCAUUUCGGACGCCAUCAAAAUGAACAAGAACGUGUGCCUGGGACGUUAUUUCUUCCACUUGGAAGGCGAGGGGAAGCAGAGCAAAGUGGACGGGUCGGAGCGGACCAUCGAUGUGUGGCCUCUCAACCUGCUGCAGCCGGGCUGUGGAGAUUAUCAGGACGUGUGCAGCCUGUUUUUGCUGCAGAUGGCGUGUGUGCUCAACAUGUCCACCAAGUGGCGCCAUGCCAGGAUGAGGAUCUUCCUGAACGUGGAGACGGAGUCCAGCGACCAGGGCUGGGUGGUGAACGAAGAGACGUUUCGAGAGUUACUGAGGAAGCUCAGAAUCCGGGCGUCCAUUAAGAUCGUGCCGUGGGACUCGGUGGUGCAGCACUACACUCAGCCAACGGAGGACGCUGAGGAGCAAAGCCACAACCUCUCGGAGCUCUUCUUGUCCGCUGUGAACUGCAUGUUAUUGGAGCACAGUUCUCAGGCUGCUGUCCGCUUCCUGUAUCUACCGCGACCUCCUGCUCACUACAGCCAAUCCCAGGGGUACUUGGCUCACCUGGAAGCAGUGACCAACGCUUUAGGGCCAACGCUCUUCAUCCAUGGCGUCACACCGGUAACAUACACGGGUCUGUAAGCAUGAGCGUUUAGAACGCUUCCCUAAAUGCUUAUUUAAGUGUUCUUAUAUAAGCACUGGUUACAUGAAGUGGAUACAAGGGUUUGCUUCAUUAGGUACAUUUUAUGAGCUGAUUGGUUUGACAGUAUUUUCGUUAUUGUGCAAACUGAGCAUUACUGCAAUAGCGUUGAAACAUCUCUUGUAUUCGAUCCAAUUACAUGGUGCAGGUGUACCUAAUAAUCUGUCUGGUUUGUGUACGGUACUACACUCUAAACUCUGUUACAGUCAGUGUACAAUAAAUAUAUAUACACACCUAUAAUACUAUUGUAGUAGGAUACGUUCCUGUACUGUUUGUUUUCAUGCACUUGGACUGAUAAAAUUGUGGCACUUAUGAUUAUUGUUAGGGAUGUCCCGAUUCAAUAUUGAUAUUAGUUCGAUAUCGGCAA